AUGGCUGGCGCAAUGCAGAAUGCGAAGAAGACGAUCAGGAUCCAGGACGAGGAGCGCGAGUCCAAGUUCGGCUCCGUCUUUUCCGUGUCGGGACCUGUCGUGAUUGCCGAGAAGAUGGCCGGUGCCGCCAUGUACGAGCUCGUCCGUGUCGGCCACGACGAGCUCGUCGGCGAGAUCAUCCGUAUCGACGGCGACAAGGCGACAAUCCAGGUGUACGAGGAGACGUCGGGAAUGACGAUUGGCGAUCCGGUUUUGCGGACAGGGAAGCCGUUGUCGGUCGAGUUGGGUCCAGGUCUCAUGUCGAACAUCUACGAUGGCAUCCAGCGCCCGCUCAAAGCCAUCGCCGAAAAGUCCGAGUCGAUCUACAUCCCCCGCGGCAUCAACACCGACGCUCUCGACCGGGGCAUCAAGUGGGACUUUGACCCGGUCAACUUCAAGGUCGGCGACCACAUUGCGGGCGGCGACAUCUUCGGCAUGGUCUACGAGAACUCGCUGGUCAGCGAGCACAAGAUCAUGAUGAACCCGCGCGGGAUGGGAACGGUUACGCACAUUGCGGAGAAGGGAUCGUACAGCGUCGAGGACGUGGUCCUCGAGACCGAGUUCGAGGGCAAGAAGACCCAGCACACCAUGCUCCAGCUCUGGCCCGUCCGCGCCCCUCGUCCGACCGGCGAAAAGCUCGAAGCCAACUACCCCCUCCUCACCGGCCAACGCGUCCUCGACUCGCUUUUCCCCUGCGUCCAAGGCGGCACGACGGCCAUCCCUGGCGCGUUCGGCUGCGGCAAGACGGUCAUCUCGCAAGCCGUCUCCAAGUUCUCCAACUCGGACAUCAUCGUCUACGUCGGCUGCGGUGAGCGCGGCAACGAGAUGGCUGAGGUGUUGAUGGACUUCCCCGAGCUCUCUAUCGACGUCAACGGCGUGCAAGAACCCAUCAUGAAGCGCACGACCCUGGUCGCGAAUACUUCGAACAUGCCUGUGGCUGCCCGUGAAGCUUCGAUCUACACGGGCAUCACGCUGUCGGAGUAUUUCCGCGACCAGGGGAGGAAUGUAGCCAUGAUGGCCGACUCGUCGUCGCGGUGGGCGGAAGCGUUGCGCGAGAUCUCGGGACGUCUCGCAGAGAUGCCGGCCGACUCGGGUUACCCCGCCUACCUCGGCGCCAAGCUCGCCUCCUUCUACGAGCGUGCCGGCAAAGCCGUCUGCUUGGGAUCGCCUCGCCGUACCGGUUCGACUACCAUCAUCGGAGCCGUCUCUCCCCCCGGUGGCGACUUCUCCGACCCCGUCACGACCGCGACGCUCGGUAUCGUCCAGGUCUUCUGGGGCCUCGACAAGAAGCUCGCCCAGCGCAAGCACUUCCCGUCCGUUAACUGGAACGUCUCGUACUCGAACUACACCCGCGUCCUGCAGCCGUACUACGAGGAGACCGAGCCCGACUUCCUGCACUACCGCAACCUCGCGAAGGAGAUCUUGCAGAAGGAGAACGAGCUGGCGGAGAUCGUACAGCUCGUUGGCAAGUCUUCGCUCGGCGAGGAUGACAAGGUAGUCCUCGACGUUGCGAGGCUCCUCAAGGAAGAUUUCCUCCAACAGAACGGCAUCUCGACGUACGACCGCUACUGCCCGUUCUACAAGACGACCGGCAUGCUCAAGUGCAUGAUCGCGUACUACGAAGCGGCAAUCAAGGCAGUCGACAGCGAGGGGACGACUUGGUCGCGCGUCAAGGACGCCACGAGCGACCUCUACUACCGCCUGACGCAGCUCAAGUUCCUCGACCCGGCAGACGGCCAGGAGCCGAUCGAGAAGGAGAUCAACCAGCUGCACGCCGACAUCCAGCGGACCUUCCAGGACCUCGCCGACUGA